AUGAACUGGAUGGCAUCUGCAGGACUGGUUAAGCUCUACCUCCUAAAGCUUCUGACUCACAGUGGUCUGGUUAUUUGUGACUCACAGUCAGCCCUUCAUACCCUCUCGUCCCCUAAGCCUGAAACCCAUAAGCUAGUCAAUCACAUACUAUGCCAUUUAGUCACAGCCAUUGGAUAUGAGCUUUCAACACAUUUCAUAUGGAUUCCCUCAUAUGUUGGAGUGACAGCAAAUGAUUUGGUGGACCGUCUUGCCAUAGCUGCCUGUAGGCUAACUCUACCUGCUGCUGACACCUUGCCGGCCACCCUCUCCCUCUGCAAGCAGAGGGUCCAUGCUUCCGCUCAUCGGCCAACCAUCCAGCACAGGAACGACGAGCGGCCAGUGAGCGUAAGCAUCCAGCAAUACGACCACUUCACAUCUAUUCCUUACAAGUACCAACGCCGCGGUCUACUGGUCAGAAGACAUAAUUUGGUGGCUACCCGGCUCCGAUUAGGCUACGGACCCAUUUGGCAGGUGGGCGAGUCUGAGGACGUGCCCCUGUAUUCAUUGUGCAAAUUUUACAUUAAACACAUUAAUAAGUCUAAGACAUCCUACUUUGCAGCGCAAAAAAUAUCGCCAGAGGGGAAGCCGAAAGUCCAGCUGCAGAUUGUCCUCCAUGACAUUUCGUCCCACACAUUCCAGUUUUGCAAUCCAGAGGGGCGGGAUAAGCAAGUGGUCGAGAGAAACCUAGUUAAGGAGCGUCUUAGUCAGCUGAUGAACCAGAAUAAACGGCAGCCUCCCGAUGAAUUGAUGCAGAAGAAACGCAUGUUGGAUGAGAAUGAACAACUCCAGCAGCUUUACAGAGCACUUGUUCCGACGUCUAUCAUAUCAGUGGAUGAGUUUUGGAAGGAGAUCGCAAGCCAGUACAAACAAACCAUGGGACCACAGCAAGAUGUCGGAGUGUCUGGAGCAUUUUUGGCUGACAUAAAACCUCAGACCGAUGGGAAUAAUGGAAAAGUCCAAUAUAAUUUAACCCCGGAGAUCAUGGCUUCCGUGUUCAAGACAUACCCAACAGUCAAAAAGAAACACUCCGAUUACGUCCCACACAGAAUGACUGAAUCUGAGUUUUGGACCCGCUUCUUCCAGUCCCACUAUUACAGUGUCCACACCACUAGUCGCAGUGAAAAUGUAUUUUCAGAAUGUGCAAAAUCUGAUGAUAAAGAAUGGAAUAGGGAUGUGAACUCAAUACAAAAUGACCCACUGUAUGAUUUGAACGACAUUUACGAUGGAGAGAGAGUCCACUCCGUCGAAGGUGAUCUGAAAGUCGCAGGACCUAAAGCAGGAAGUAAUAUAAUUCAUGCUACUAUGAUCAAAAGAUUUAACCAGCACAGUCUGAACAUUCUUAAAGCACAAAAUUAUUCCGAAAAAGAGAAAAUAAUGGACGAGAUAGCGGCAAAAAAUCCUAAUGGUAUCCCAAAUGGUGAAGCAAAUCAGGAACCAGAUCUUCAUUUACACAAGAGUAAAAAGGUCAGAAUAGAAGAGAAAUUAUCAUACGAUGACUUGGAGAAUAAAGCCAACACAGAGAUUACCUCACUCACCAUUCAUCAGAAAGACCGGUACCUCACAGGCCCCACUGAGGACACCACGACGCAUGGUUUACCACCUCGACAGGUGUCAGCUCUGCAGGACCAGUUAAGAAUAGCGGUCGACAACUGGAACCCAAAUUUGCAUGUGAGUCAAGAUCCCGAAUCUGCGUACAAGGCUCUGCAGUCUUUCAGCGAGCAGAGUCGGAAGAGUCGAAGCAGUGGAGGCAUUCAUGGGGAUCAGUUACCGAGAAAUUUACACAAGGAACUCACCCAAGUGUAUAGCAGUGCAGGGGAACUGUUGCGUCAUUUUUGGUCAUGUUUCCCCCCAAGAACGCCCCAGCUGCAAGAAAAGCUACACAAAAUGCAUGAAACUCUUUGCCGAUAUCAUGCCGUCACCAUAAGACCAUUCCAUGAAAUGGCAGUAAAUGAUUAUAACUGCAACUCAACCAUCUUGGACCACCUGAUAGGCAUGUUCAACAUUGCCAAUACAAAGUUUGAAAAUUGGAAGGCGCGGAACACCAGAUUAAUACCUUUUCGGGCUACAGACACUAGGAUUAAGUGUCCUGAUUUUAGAAAUGGGACUUCCUUCUAUUGAAAUGAUCAUAGGAUCCUAAUUCAGCAGGCACCUUUCACCCAAAAUAUAUAUUUUGUUUUCUGUUUAUUCUGGUUUCAGUGGUGUAUAUGUUGGUAGCUGUGUCUGUGAGAUGUCUAGUUUUUUAUUGUGUACUCACCAAGGAUGAUAUGAAAGAAGGUUGAGAUUUUUAGUGGUAUGUCAUUCACCAAAGGCAAAAAACUUGAAAUUAGUUUUGUAUGUAAGUGGUGAAAAUGGGUGCUAUGAAAUCCAGUGUAUGGUAUGUUAUGACAUAAUGUAAAAAAAAGUAUAUAUAAUAUAUAUGAAGUGAAAGUCAAUAAAUCCUUGGUCAGGACUUCCUCUUUCUAAAGAAUAAGGCAUAGUGAUUGUUUUUCAUUUGGAUCAGUAUUCCUCCAUUGUUCAUGUACUAUACAGAAUAUUGUAUUAUAAAGCUGUGUUAACCUCAAGGUGAAGAGAUUUAUCUUGGUAAUAAGUUUAUACAAAGACAUCUUAGGAAAGCCUGGAAUGCAGCAGUUUCAUGAAAGAACUGUAGUCCUUUUACCAAGGAAGCGUAACAUAAUUUUAAUUGAUGUAGUGAACAUUGCGUAUUACUGUGCUCAGAGAAGUCAUAUUGUGUGUUUUUCAAGCAUAGAGUUUUUAUCAAUAAGAUGUUUUAUAUAUUGUUGUAGGUCAGUAUUUCAGACAAAAGUCUUUGAGAAGGGUAAUAGAUCUGUUUUGAUUUUUCUAAAGAUGUGUAAGAAACAUGUUGAGUUUCUUAUACAUCAAGAUCUGAUAAUUUUUUUGUACUGUAAGUAUUACCAGAAAGUUUAUAAUAGAUAUUUUGAUUUGGUAA